AUGUCUUCGUCCGAAUCCGAGCUGACUGACUUAAUCUACGACGAGCUCGAAGAUGAAGGCUCGGAUUAUACGAAGACAACUCGAACCAAGUCACCGCGCAAACAAGCUGCUCCAGCAACUGACUAUAAGCUUCAAAAGACCUUGAAGCCUCCAAGAGCAACAACUUACACUGCGCGUGCUUUGUAUGAACAAAUAUACAAUUCAGAUAUUGACCUUUCCCCAGAAUAUCAGAGAGAUGUUGUAUGGACCAAAGAGAAACAAACAAAUCUCAUUGAUUCAAUCUACCGCAAUUACUACAUUCCGCCGAUCAUUUUUGCUGUGUCCAUUGACGAUGACGGCGCAGAACGGCGUACCUGCAUUGAUGGGAAACAGCGGCUUACAAGUAUUCAAUUAAAUGAAAUUUCUUGUAGCAUCACGGGUCAAAAGUACUGGUACAAAAUUCCUCAAUCUCCAAAUGCUAGUGAAAAGAAGCAGCAGGUGCUUCCGGAUAAAUUGCAGACAAUGUUUGCCAACAAGCAGAUAGUAUGUGUUGAAUAUUCGGAAUUGAGUGACUUGGAGGAAAGAGACAUUUUCAAGAGGGUCCAGCAAGGCAUGGCUUUGAAGCCCUCUGAGAAAUUGGGUGUUCUCAGUACUAUCCGCACUGGAUUCAUUCGGGAUUUGCUAAAAAAUUACGUCACUGAUGAUACACUUGGUUCCAUUCCUUGGGAAACAUCACGAGGCGGAGACAUGCGGUGCUUUUCUCAUGCUGUUUACUGCAUGGAAAGAUGGUCAGAAAAUCCAGAGGAGGUUAAAGAUCAUGGCACAUUGGCUAAAAUGGAAAAGUGGUUAGCAGGAUCCCAUGAUAUAUCCGACGUUGUGAAAAAACGAAUUUUUGACACUUACGAUGUGUUCGUCAAGUUGACUACUACGCCGAAGUAUUCUUCCCCAUUCAGAGAAUACAAAAAGGUCUCGCCGGCCGAAAUGGUAUUUAUCCCGCUCCUGAUUUUUGUGCAUGGAAUCUUGCCGCCCGAGGAAUUACGGUACAGUCGGCGGGAGCUUUGCACAGAGAUUAUGAAUAUGCGACGCUCCGUUCGUGAGGUUUACGACGAUGUUCGCAUGAAUGGGCGCAUUGGAAAGUUCCUCGCUGAAUUUGUAAAAAAGAUAAAGGCAAAGGUACCCGAGCCAGUUAAACCGGCAAAGAUCAAACGGAAACGGAAUUUUAAGGAGGAGGAUGACGACGAUAAACGACCACUAGCCACCACAUCAUCUCGUCGUAAAUUGCUGACCCCUGAUACCCCGACGACAUCGUCUGCCGAUCUUAACAUGCCAGCCCCCUCGGAACUCCCGAAUGCUGCAUUUACGAAGAAAAUGAAAACAACUGUUUCCUCGGCAAGUGGCUUGAAUGCUACUGCUCCACCCCAACCACCGAUGUCUUCUGCGCAGAAUGCUCCUAGGAAUCACCAAAAUGAUUUCUUCCAAUCACGCAUGUCUCUCUCACCCAAUUCCUCUAUCUCUCGUUCCACGGAUCAUGACAUAGGCAGGAGCGAUUCGAGAGGUCCUUUAAACGGACGAGUAACGUUAAACUCCCAUUCGACCGACUUUCGCAUGAACGGAAUUCCAAGUUACCAGUAA